AGUGCGGCGGUGAGCGGGUAGUGUUUACAGCUCUGCUGCUGGAUGCAGUUGCUGCUGAUGUUACUGGGAGACAACAAUGUUGUGUCAGCCGCCGUUGGAGUAAACACACCAGUGGGUUUGAAGGUGAUUUUGCUCAUCAUCUCCCACCACUUCCUCCUCCCGUCCUCCAUUCAUGAGCAGCGUGGCUGAGUUUAACAGCGGCAGCCAUGGAUGACAAAGUCUCGGUGGGGAAGAUUAGCGUCUCCUCGGACUCAGUGUCCACUCUCAACAGUGAGGACUUUGUCCUUGUGUCCCGCCUGGGGGACGAGACACCCUCCUCCACUAAUAAUGGUAGUGAUGACGAAAAGACAGGACUGAAGGUGAUUUCUGAGGAAGGGGUCAGCUUUAAGAUUGUGGGGAAUGGAAGUGAACAGCAGCUCCAGAGGGAGUUAGAGGAUGUCCUAAUGGACCCAUCGGUAGCUGACGCUGGGCACGGACCGGGAACAGGAAUGGACAGCUUGGGUGUAGGGGGCCGUAGCCCUCUCCCCACGACAGCGUCACCAGUAGCGCCAGGCUCUGACCCUCUGAGUUCAUCCCCGCCCAAGUUGGAGAUAGUGCUGCCUGUUCAGACGGCACAGGAGAGUGAGCUGAAUGAGAGAUCGUAUCGCGGAGACGAAUCAUCAUCCGAUGGCAGUCCCGGCAGUCCCAUUCCAGAUGAGGACAGCGUUGUGUUCAGCCAGCUGACAUAUCUGGGGUGUGCAUCGGUCAACGCCCCCCGCAGUGAGGUGGAGGCCCUUCGUAUGAUGAGUAUCCUCAGAGGGCAGUGCCAGGUCCCCCUGGAUGUCACCCUAUCUGUGCCAGGCGUGUCUGAAGGCACUGUCAGGUUGCUGGACCCCAACAACAGUACGGAGAUUGCCAACUACCCUAUCUACAAGAUUCUGUUCUGUGUGCGCGGCCAUGAUGGUACUCCAGAGAGUGACUGCUUCGCCUUCACUGAGAGCCACUACAAUGCUGAGAUCUUCAGGAUCCAUGUGUUCCGCUGUCAAAUUCAAGAGGCGGUCAGUAGGAUAUUGUACAGCUUUGCCACAGCGUUUCGGCGGUCAGCGAAGAAGGCUAUUCUGUCAUCUCAGCAGGCUGCUCCUCUCACCCCUGACAGUGACUUGUUUACCUUCACCGUCAGCCUGGAGAUCAGGGAGGACGAUGGCAAGGGUACCUUCAGCGCUGUAGCAAAGGACAAGGACAAGCAGAGCUUCAAGCUGCGCGCAGGGAUGGACAAGAAAAUAGUGAUUUAUGUCCAGCAGACUUCCAAUAAGGAGCUUGCCAUUGAGAGGUGCUUUGGUCUUCUGCUCAGCCCAGGGAAAAAUGUGAAGAACAGUGACAUGCACCUGCUGGACCUGGAGUCAAUGGGAAAGAGCUCUGACGGGAAAUCUUACAUCAUCACAGGAAGCUGGAACCCCAACACGCCUCAGUUCCAGGCUGUGAAUGAGGAAACGCCCAAAGAUAAAUUCAUGUACAUGACGACAGCAGUGGACCUGGUCAUCACAGAGGUGGAGGAGCCGGUCCGCUUCCUGCUGGAGACGAGGGUCAGAGUGUGCUCGCCCAAUGACAGGCUGUUCUGGCCCUUCAGCAAGCGGAGCUACACUGAGACCUUUUACCUUAAACUCCGCCAGAUGGAGCGUAAGGAGCGCAAGAGUCCUGCCUCCGACACACUCUAUGAGGUGGUGAGUUUGGAAAGUGAGAAUGAGAGGGAGAAAAGGAAGACCACGGCUAGUCCCGGCAUCGUGCCCACUGGGCCUGGUACCGGGGUUCCUUCACCACCUGAGGAUGAUGAAGAAGAAGAUAACGACGAGCCGCUACUCAGUGGAUCAGGUGACGUUUCCAAGGAGUGUGCAGAGAAGAUCCUGGAAACCUGGGGAGAAUUACUAUCUAAGUGGCAUUUGAACUUAUCAGUGCGGCCCAGGCAGCUGCCAGCGUUGGUGCGGAGUGGUAUUCCCGAAGCUCUUCGUGGGGAGGUGUGGCAGCUCCUGGCAGGGUGCCACAACAAUGACCACCAGGUGGAAGAGUACCGCACUCUAAUCACAAAGGAGUCUCCCCAGGACAGUGCCAUCACCAGAGACAUUAAUAGGACAUUCCCAGCUCAUGACUACUUUAAAGACACUGGAGGAGAUGGACAAGACUCGCUCUACAAGAUCUGCAAGGCGUACUCUGUUUAUGACGAGGAGAUUGGAUACUGCCAGGGACAGUCCUUCCUGGCUGCCGUGCUGCUGCUGCACAUGCCAGAGGAACAAGCUUUCAGUGUCCUGGUCAAGAUCAUGUUUGAUUACGGGCUCAGGGAUCUUUUCAAGCAGAACUUUGAAGAUCUACAUUGCAAGUUCUUCCAGCUUGAGAGGCUCAUGCAGGAAUAUAUAUCAGACCUUUACAACCAUUUCCUGAACGUGGGUCUGGAAGCUCACAUGUACGCCUCUCAGUGGUUCCUCACCCUCUUCACAGCCAAGUUCCCUCUUUACAUGGUCUUCCAUAUCAUCGACCUGCUACUGUGUGAGGGCAUCAGCGUGAUCUUCAAUGUAGCCUUGGCACUUCUGAAGACAUCAAAAGAUGAUCUGAUCCAGACAGACUUCGAGGGCGCACUCAAGUUCUUUCGCGUCCCGGUGCCAAAGAGGUACCGCUCUGAGGAAAAUGCAAAGAAGCUGAUGGAGCUGGCCUGUAGCAUAAAGAUCAGCCAGAAGAAGCUGAAGAAAUUUGAGAAGGAGUAUCACACCAUCAGGGAGCAGCAGGAGCAGCAGGAGGCCCCCAUCGAGAGAUACGAGAGGGAGAACCGUCGUUUGCAAGAGGCGAACAUGCGUCUGGAGCAGGAGAACGACGACCUGGCACACGAACUCGUCAGCAGCAAGAUAGCUCUGCGCAAAGACCUUGACAACGCCGAGGAAAAGGCAGACGCCCUGAACAAAGAGUUGCUGCUGACUAAACAGAAACUCGUGGACUCUGAGGACGAGAAGAGGCGACUGGAGGAAGAGUCUGCACAGCUGAAGGAGAUGUGCCGACGAGAGCUCGAUAAAUCUGAAUCAGAGAUUAAGAAGAACGGCUCCAUCAUUGGAGAAUAUAAGCAGAUCUGCUCCCAGCUGAGCGAAAGACUGGAGAAACAACAGACAUCCACCCGAGGAGAGCUGGAGAAAAUCCGGUCCAAAGUCGAAGGCUGUGAGAAGUGCAGCAGCCUCUUCAACAAAGAGGGUCGUGUGCGGGCCGCUGUGUCCACGGCGCCUGGCGGAGGGAGUGAGGAGACCGACGAGGAGAAGGAGGCUUUGAAGAGCCAGCUGAGGGAGAUGGAGCUGGAGCUUGCUCAGACCAAACUGCAGCUGGUGGAGGCUGAGUGCAAAAUCCAGGACUUGGAGCAUCACUUGGGUCUGGCCCUCAACGAGGUUCAGGCCGCCAAGAAGACCUGGUUCAACCGGACGCUCAGCUCCAUCAAAACCGUCACUGGGACCCAGGGGAAGGAGACCGCCUAACCUGAAACCCCCCCCCCCCAUCCAGCCAGUUUUACCAACCGUGUGCGGAGCUCAGAGCAAGUGACCACACUGAAAAACGCCUAAUCCUAACUGGGCCAUAUUUAACUUGAACACUGACAAUUUAAACCCAGGACGACCAUAACUACAGACUGUGUUACCUAACAAAAAUGUCCUCGUGUCCCUCCCCCCCCCGCUCCCUCGCCUACUGAUCUAAUCACCCAUUUCUCGCCCUCCUCACCCCAAAUGACUACAGCCGACCGUGCUGAUGAGAAGGGGUUUGGAAAAACACAAGAUAAAGUACAACGGUACCAUCGUCCCCCGGAGAAACGACGAGAAAAGCGUUUAGAAAAUUGGAGGAUUGCUUCAUUGAUUUCUGUCUUUGUACUGCUGAUAUUAAAAAGUGGCAGAAGGAAGGUAGGACACCUGGACUGACACUGUCCUCACAGGACAGAGAGAAACACACUCCGUCCUUCCUGACUCUUCUGCAUGCUCCCCUCAAAACUACUGGCACAAACAAACCAGUCCCAGUAAAAUGUUUGUUUUUCGGUACGAGAGCUAAAAUACGCCUUUUCAAAACUGAGCUUUUUCUAAUUUCCGUUGAACAAAACCUUUCUUUUUUUUUUUCUAUGUAUGUACACGAAUGUGCUUAUGUAAAGAGGAUGUAUGUAUGUGUGUGUGCGCGCGCGUGUGUACAAGUGCACAUGUUUUAUUGUUUUGUGUUCUUUGUGUGUUUGUGUACAUGCGUGAGGCUGAAAAAAAAAAACACGUUUGAGUGCAUAAAUAAUUGACUGAAAUAACGUUAAGCUGAGUGUGAACGAGAAACAGAGUGUAAGUCCAAGGGAAAGAAAAAGCACUAAGGUUACGAGUGUGUGUGUGAGCGCAUGUGAGGGAGAACAGUCCCCCAUUGUGUAGUUUCCUUAAAUGUCCAAAUGUGUUUUAUGAAUGAAGCUAAAGAGACGUUUGCUGACGAAGCCUUGAUCCGAAGGUCGAUAAAAGAUACGAGCUGAGAUGAAAAUGUAAUUUACAAUUUUAAAAAAGGCAGACGCUUAAAAGCUGUUGUGACUAAAGAGCAGCAGCAUUAAUGUCCUUCCAUUGAUUUCAGACGUAAAACAUGCUCGAGGUUUUUGUUUGGUUCGGAUCUUCCAGCACAAAGAAACUUAAAAAGCUCCAAAUCAUGAAAACCUCUGCAUGUUUUACACCGAAUGUGUCUAUGUGAGAAACCCAGAAUGAAGCAAUGAUUGUCAGAAACCAUAAACACGGCUGAGGGGAGUGUAGAGUCAAAGAUUGAAACACACACACACACACACACACACACACACACACACACACACACACACACACACACACACACACACACACACACACAGAACAUUGCAAUUCUGUUUUUGAACACACCUCCCUCUCUCUCUCUCUCUCUGUGGGCGCCAGCUGCUCUGCGAUCUUUGACCUGAACUGUCACGGCCAUGUCUGAUAUAUUGUCGAACUGUGUGACAUGUUGUGGUGUGUUUUACAACAGUUUUCCCCAUUCACUCAGACCACUGGGAUCGGUCUGAGCACCACACACAAGCACUGAAUUACAAACGCAUGCAGAACACUCGGCGGCCUCUUCAUUCAGAAGGAUCCCACAAACACGCAGACGUGGUCGAGACGUGUGGUUAUUUAUUGUGAAAAAAGCAGGAAGACGUGAUUUGAAAGAUGGUUUUGAUGUUUUUUUUUAUUCAAGACGAUAGUGUUUGCAGGAGACUGUGAGGAAAACAGAAACGUGGUCACUGAAUAAAAAAACAAUGAUCAGAAAAUAUGUUUAAAAGUAAGAGGAAGGUCAUGAGGACACAGAUAAGAAUUGUUGAAUAUUGGCUUAACUUAAAGGUUCAGUGUGUAGGAUUUAGUGACACCUAGUGGUGAAGUUGCUCACCCUCAACUUACCCUCCCCUUCCAAACAUGAAAGAGAACCUGUGGAAACCUUCAGUUGUUAUAAAAACUCAAA